CAUGAUUUCUGUUUUCUUAGUUCGCCAGCUGAAGUCUGACAUUAAGAAGUUGAAAAAGUGGAAGAUUAAGGGCGAACUAUCAGAUGAAGGGCCAGAUACCAAGUCAGAAAGUAAGAUCAAGGCCGAACUAUCAGAUGAGGGGCCGGAUACCAAGUCAGAAAGAAAUAUCGAGGCUGAACUAUCAGACGAAGGGCUGGAUACUAAGUCAAAAAGCAAGAUCAAGGCCAAAGUAUCGGGUGAAGGGUCGGAUACCAAGUCAGAAAGAAAGAUCAAGGCCGAACUAUCAGAUGAAGGGCCAGAUACCAAGUCAGAAAGAAAGAUCAAGGGCGAACUAUCAGAUGAAGGGCCAGAUACUGAGUCAGAAAGAAAGAUCAAGGCUGAACUAUCAGAUGAAGGGCUGGAUACCAAGUCAAAAAGCAAGAUCAAGGCUGAACUAUNCAGAUGAAGGGCCAGAUACCAAGUCAGAAAGAAAGAUCAAGGGCGAACUAUCAGAUGAAGGGCCAGAUACUGAGUCAGAAAGAAAGAUCAAGGCUGAACUAUCAGAUGAAGGGCUGGAUACCAAGUCAAAAAGCAAGAUCAAGGCUGAACUAUCAGAUGAAGGGCCGGAUACCAAGUCAGAAAGAAAGAUUAAGGCCAAACUAUCAGAUGAAGGGCCGGAUACCAAGUCAGAAAGCCGGGUGAAGAUUGACCUGUUGCAGAAGACGCUGGGGACCAAAUCAGAGAAAUGUGAAAUAAACAGACUGGGAGUAGUGUGGAAGCCUCAAGGGAUUCAAGCUGCUGCUUGUAUUACAUUUCCCCCAAACGCUGUAACACAACCCGUGUUGUUCAUAUGCACACUCUUGGAGGACCCAAUGCACUAUCCACCUUUAAAGAAGGACGAAGCAUUGGUAAGCGAUGUGAUAGAGCUUUCUUACGAUGAUCCGCAUGGCUCCAAUUUUACUGGAGAUUUUGGUGAAAUGGUAUCAGUUGCCUUACCUCACAGUGCCACUAACCUUAGAGGGUAUGAAAUUGUUAUCAGAGAGUUAGUAGAUUCACACAACAAUGACUGGAGAGAUUUGGAGACAACAAACACAUGGCAAGCGUCAGGUGAAGUUCCCUUUGCUGAGGCUAAAGUUAUGUGUUGUUCCUCGUUUGCUGUCGUCUGCCGUCUCAAGUCCUAUACUUACACCCCCCAUGCUUUGGAGGAUCGCGAUUUUACUUGUACAGUUGAAGAGUAUCCAGACGUGAUUGUAACAGUCCCAGCAAGUGUCGUCCGUGAAAACAAGGAACUCCAGUUAACUCUGAAGGUGCAAGAAAUCCCACGGCAGUGGUAUGAGGAUAGUGGAGUGAUCGUUGGACCCGUCCUUCACAUCACUUGCUCUCCCGAAAUUCAGCUUUUUGACCCAGCAACAAUUACUCUUCCAUUCUCACUUCAAAACAACAAUGAAUGUGCGAAAUUAUCGUCUGGUAAUGUAAGGGUGCUAGUGAAUUCACAUGAAGAAGAUGAAAAUGAAACUAAUCCAAGGGCAGAUUGGGAAGAGAUUACAACUCAACUGCCAAGACCAGCUGCUUUAAGAAAUGGGGUGGUGACAUUUCAAGUGACACAUUUCAGUUGGUAUACAAUAUUGUGGGAACGUUCAGCAGAACGAAAUAGGAAACGCAAACGUGGUGCUUUUCAAAUGACUGGGCGCAAAAGUGGUGCUCUUCAAAUGACUAGACGCAAAAGUCCCAAUUUUCGAAUUACUGGGCGCAUCCCACAAGCAGGAUGUUUCUUUGCAUGUUUGUGCACUACUAACACUGAAUAUCUACCACUUGGAGAGUAUUGCUUACACUGUUUUUGCUGUCCACUUCAUGUGGAAUCUCGAGUUAAAGAGAUCAUACGUUCUACUGAAGGAGCAAUCCUCUACGGAGGUGGAGAAUCUUCGGAGCCGCUGUGUCCAGAUGACGUGAUACAUAUCUCAUUACUGAAGGGCCUAGAGGCAGAUGGGCACACUACAGACGACGAGACACAACUGAGGUUCAGAGGUGACAGACAUUACAGCAGGUAUCUGAUGGUAGAAUGGACUGAUAAACGAAGAUAUACACCAAAGGUUGAUUUCCAUAGAUGUCUCGAUGAUCAGUCUCAAAGGAGUCUUUACACUUGCAGCAUUGUCAUAAGUGUUGGACGCAUGGAAAGCCAGCCUGUUGCAGUUAGAGAUCACACACUGACUCGUAAGGAGGCAUUUAACUUGUCACAGGAACUUGGUUCACACUGGAAAUCGCUUGGUCGUCAGCUUGAAAUUGAUGAACACUUGCUUACCAAAUUCCAUACGGAGAACGAGGAACUGGAAGAAAAGGCUUAUCAAAUGUUGUUGUACUGGAAGCGAAAACAUGCCUCGACUGCAACUUACGAUGUAUUAUUUAAAGCUUUAUGUGAAGUAAGUCGGAGAGAUUUGGCCGAAAAAUAUUGCGCUGCUAACACAAAUUCCUUAUAAUUGCCGCUUGCUUUCUCUUACGAGUAUUUUAACACCUUUCAGCUCUUGAUCUUUUUCUAAUCCCAUGCAACAUUGCCGGUGUCGUUUCUUUAUUUGUUUUUGUGUGGAACUUGUUCCUGAAAACAAUACAUAUCAAUUGUAUUGGAUACUUCUACCGUACUGAAAACCACAGAGCUUUUGUUGUUUAGUUAACAGCGGUGGAUCUAAGGUUGGGGUCCAGUCUCUCCUUAUUCAAGUUGAAAAAUUCAAGAUUAGAAUCCCCCUACCCCCCUACCCCACCUUCCAGGCAUCGUUUAUCACAUCCUGUCCCGAAGUGGUUCAUCUUUGCUUCCCACACGCCAAGAGGCUACGGUAACUGAUUAAACAUAUUUGUUAUAUGGCUUAUGUUUGUGGCCGAUAUAACGCGCGCUCUGAUUGGCUAAUUCGAGGGCAUUACUCUCCCGUAAUGUCCACGGGCCGAUUACCGGCCUGCAUAAAACAAAGCAAAAGCCGUAUAAUAAGCAACGUGCUAACCUCGAAUGUUCGGUCUUUACAAAGAAAUCUAAAACCUCGGCCUUGCCUUAUUGACCUCGCUAACGCUCGGUCAAUAUGGCAGGGUCUCGGUUUGAGAUUUUCCCGUUAAGACCUCACUCUCGGUUAACAAGUAGUUAUUAAUACAACCUAUUAUUAAUUUUGUGUUCUACAUGUCUUAGUUGUCGACUUUCAGAAGGGUCACAGCUUAAACAAGUUUUAUGUAAAAUAUACACUUUUUUAUUGUAGUAUAAAAGUGUUCAGUGUCGACUUUAGGAGAGUCACACCCUAAGCACUUUCCGUUCAACGCAUUUUUAUUAUUUUGUUUAUAUAUUAAAGUGGCUCAAAACAGUUUCCAGCAGUUAGGUUUGGAUAGGUCAUUAUAGCUACUCUUUAUCACUUGAUGCUACAAUCAUUGUAUCAAAAAAACUGCCCAAUCAUUUGUGGACACGUUAUCAUUUUCGUGAUGCAAUAGUUACCGCAGCAACAGUAUGACCUGCUAAAAACACCUUUAAUUACUGCUUUUGGGGGCGUAUAAUUCAAAAACUGCGCGGUGAAAUUUUUUAAUAUCAAAUUUUAAUAAGCAUGAUAAGACGCAACUUUUGGCAAAGUUUUUUUAAAAAAUCUGUACAUAGGGUUCAGAGCCACCUUAAAUUUCCAAAAAUAUUAAGUAACGGUAAUGAUUGGGCAGUCUUUUUGAUACCAUGAUUGUCACGUCAAUCUAAGAGCUAGUAACUGUUUUGAGCCACCUUAAAUAGUGUAAUCCAAGAGAUUAUUUCCAAUGCACUUAACGUAUGUUUUUUUUUUCUUCGCAAAUUGUUAGUUACAUAAUUCCUAAUACACAAGAAUAGCUGUGACAAAAGGCUCUUCUUCCUUCAGUUAAUAAAAUUGGGGACUUUCAUUUGAUGUUUA